AUGGUCUGGAAAGGACUCUGGCUCGCUGAAUUAGAGCGUGCGUUGGUCAGCCGACUCCUACAAAGUCAUCACUGGCAUAACCUGGUCGGUCGGAUAUACCAACGCGUUCAAUACCAUCGCCAUGGUGUUCCGAUGGAAGAGAGCCGCACAUCUCUAACGGACGGAAACCAAGUCAGCCGAUUCCUCAAGUUCUUCAAAGAAGAGUUGCAGGAUCAGGCCAAGGGAAAGCCUCCGAAUAAGCUGUAA